GCCGUUAGCCUACGUCCGGUCGGUCCCUCUGUGGAACCGUUAUCUCGACGUCAGACUGUCAGAACGAGGAACGAAUUCAUUAGGUCUAGAGACCAUUGGAUUCCUGAACUCUCAGUCGGCGGUCCAGCCUCAAAUUAACAAUGGACUUCAUCGCAGGUUUGCUGUUGGUGGUGUUUCUCGGCUCUGCAGAGAGUGGGGUUGGCCCCAGUAACUCCAGCAGCAGCUUCUGUACGGAGUCGAAGGAGUGCCUCCAGUUUGACCUGGUGUGCAAAACAGAAGAGUACGAGGUGCGGCACUACAGCCCUACCCGCUGGGUCUCUACAGAUGCGGAGGCCUAUUUCAUGGGGGUGGGAGCAGCGAUGGCGUUCAGGAGACUGUUCCAGUACAUCACAGGAGCCAAUGAAGGCGGUGUCAAGAUUGAGAUGACCGCUCCGGUCCUGGUGAAGAUCCCAGAGGAAACCAAGAUGUGGGAGCCGGCCAUCUACACCCUCAGCUUCCUGCUUCCCUCAGCCUAUCAGGACAGCCCUCCUGCCCCCACCAAUGACAAGCUGUACUUCACGGACAUGCCGGAUAUGGACGUGUACGUGCGGAGCUACGGCGGCUGGAUGCUGUCCGUCACGUCCAGACUCCACGCCCACCUGCUGACCAAGGAGCUGCAGCGGGCACAGGCACAGUACAACCACACCUACCACUAUGGGGUAGGCUACGACAGUCCUCUGAAGUUGUUGAACAGGCACAAUGAGGUGUGGUACGUCGCUGAGGGCGACCCGGUUUGUGCCGUUCCCGUGGAAACACCAGCAGGGACCCCAACUCCAGACACCAAACCCUGAUCAGCAGGCUGGAUACAGGGUUACAGUGGACAGACAGAGAGACUGAAGAAUAAAAAAGGGGAGGAGGACACACGUGAAGAAGAAGGGAUUAGAUGAAAUGACGGAGAUAGAAAUAAAGAAAGAAAGAUCAGACUAAUCAAAUUAAGAGAGGGAGAGAAAUAUGUAGAGAAGAACCUGUCCCCUCACCUGUGUCUAUCAUGCCCCGUUCCGUUUCCUGUUUCCUGUUCUUUAACCACAAGGCCAAGCUCUCUCGUCGCCACAGCAACAUACUUAUAUACAUGACAACAACACACUGUUCUGCACAUGCUUGGCACAAGGUUCUUGACAUUUCACUGGGUAUAUGAACUAAUGUUAGCAAUUACAGAUGGUUAAUUGUUUUAGUCGAUACUUAGGAUAUAGGUAGAAACAGGACAAUGACUAAAGACUCUGCCUCCUCUUACCAAAGCUAAAACGCAAAGCUCACCAGACAGCUGCUGUAUCAAGAGAGAUUAUUGUCUGCAUCGUGAUGUCUGUGAUGAUAAUUGCCAUUUUUGAACGUUCCUUGUUUUUUUUAUUGUUUGUUUCUUUCUUUCUUUUUUGUCGUGUUUGUUCAUUUAAAUGCAGGUUGAAUUGUGGCAUUUUGAGAUAAAUAAUUAAUAAAUCAAUAUCCACCAUUAUAGUGUCUUUUCAGGCAAAGACAUAACAUUAGACAGCUCUUCUAGCCUAUUUAGAUUUGGCUGUACAACAGGUGACAGAGCCAACCUGAAGACCCAUUAUAUCUGCUAAAAUAAAUACCCGAUAACCCAA